AAGAGACAAUUUUCGUCAAUGAAAAUCUAUUACAAAUAUAUAUUUUCAGGCUCGUGCCAGGGUCAAGUUCAAUAGUGAUUCAUUAAUGUUUUUGAGGAUGAAGUUCGAGGUAUGACGCGGUAAAAUACACUGUGAGGUUAUUGGUUUUAUGAGAAGUUUAUGCUUCUCUCUCAUACUCUGCGGAAGCGAGUUCUGCUUCAACCAAAGUAUAAUUUCCUCAGGCGGCUGGAAGCAGUGAGAAGUCCACACAGAAUGACGUCAUCGCCUCCUGUGGCAGCUGUGUGUCAGAUAAUGUCUACCUCUGACAAGGAGGCAAACUUCACUUCAUGCAAGCGUAUGAUUGAGCGGGCCAAGGAGGGUGGUGCAAGCAUGAUCUUCCUCCCCGAGGGCUUUGAUUACAUCGGCUCCAGUCAAGAGGAAACACUGCGGCUAUCUGAAAACCUUCAGGGUGACAUCAUCACCAGAUAUUCCCAGUUAGCCAGGAAACUGAAUGUCUGGCUGUCUUUGGGAGGUUUCCAUGAGAGAGGAAAUGAUUGGGAAAACAGCAGACGCCUCUAUAACAGCCAUGUCAUUAUUAAUGGCCUAGGUGACAUUGUUUCUGUGUACAGAAAAGGUCACCUGUUUGAUGUAGAGUUGACGGGUAAAGGUGUGUCCCUAAAGGAAAGUGCCUUCAUCAUUCCUGGACCGAGUUUAGUGCCACCUGUUCAGACCCCAAUUGGAAAAGUGGGACUGGGGAUCUGCUAUGAUCUGCGCUUCCCUGAGAUGUCCUCGGCUCUUCAAAGGCAUGGGGCAGAGGUCCUCACGUAUCCAUCAGCAUUUACAGUGGCAACAGGCAUCGCCCACUGGGAGGUUCUCUUACGAGCCAGAGCCAUUGAGACUCAGUGUUAUGUGCUGGCUGCUGCUCAGGUUGGAACUCAUAAUGCAAAGCGCUCUUCAUAUGGCCACACCCUGGCUGUGGACCCAUGGGGUGUGGUCAUGUCAGACUGUGGGGGGACAGAUGUAGGCAUGGCUAUGGUGGAGAUCGAUAUGAACAGACUACAGGACACUAGAAGGGACAUGCCAGUGCAGCAGCACAGGAGAGAGAAAGAGUUCUACACUAGUCUGGACUAAACCAUAAUUUAAACCAAAGAAUUAUGUCAAUUUAUGCUGCAAUAUAUUGUUUAGAAUAUAUAAUUGUAGAAGAUUAACACUGUAUAAAUGAUAAAUUACCACAAUAAUAAAUUACAUUACAUCUAGCCUGAUCUGAUUUCCAGUACUCUUUUUACUGUGCUUCACAAUUAAUGCUGUCAAGUGUUGAUGUUUUCUAUUUUUGUAAAAGAAAUUACUUGUUAUUAAAUGACCAGAUUGGUCUAUGAAGGAUUGGAUUGUAAAGUAAAGUGUUUAAAAUGUGUU